CCCUCCAAUCAGAAGUGGCUGUUCUUGCGGCAGCAAGACCCUGCUCAACCUUCAGUGAGGGCGAAGCAGGAGGGGCACCUUCACAUCCGCGCAGCGACGGCAGCGGCUUAAUCAUUAAAAACACGAAGCCAGGCUCUCCCUUCAAACGACACCAUGUCCUUUCUGUCUCUGAGCAGGGCGGCCCCCGGGCUCCUCAACGCCAAGAAUGCUGCCUGCGUGCUCGUUGCUGCUAGACACGUAAGCUCUUCAACGAACCUGAAGGACAUCCUUUCAGAUCUCGUUCCCAAAGAACAGACCCGAAUCAAGAAAUUCAAAGAGCAGCAUGGCAAAACCACCAUCGGCCAGAUCACAGUCGACAUGGUUUACGGAGGGAUGAGAGGCAUGAAGGGUCUGGUGUAUGAGACUUCAGUCCUGGACCCUGAUGAGGGCAUCCGUUUCCGUGGCUCCAGCAUUCCGGAAUGCCAGGAGCUCCUCCCCAAAGCUCCAGGGGGGGAGGAGCCUCUUCCCGAGGGUCUGUUCUGGCUGCUGGUGACUGGCCAGGUCCCCACGCAGGAUCAGGUGAGCUGGCUGUCGAAGGAGUGGGCGAGGCGGGCGGCCCUGCCCUCCCACGUGGUCACCAUGCUGGAUAACUUCCCCACCAACCUGCACCCCAUGUCCCAGUUCAGCGCCGCCAUCACCGCGCUCAACAGCGAGAGCAGCUUCGCGCGCGCCUACUCCGAGGGGGUGAACAAGGCCAAGUACUGGGAGUUCAUCUAUGAGGACUCGAUGGACCUGAUCGCCAAGCUGCCCUGCAUCGCUGCCAAGAUCUACCGUAACCUGUACAGGGAGGGCAGCAGCAUUGGAGCCAUCGACCCCAGUCUGGACUGGUCUCACAACUUCACCAACAUGCUGGGAUACAGCGAGGCCCAGUUCACUGAGCUCAUGAGGCUGUACCUCACCAUCCACAGUGACCAUGAGGGGGGCAAUGUGAGUGCCCACACCAGCCACCUGGUGGGCAGCGCCCUGUCCGACCCCUACCUGUCAUUCAGCGCCGCCAUGAACGGGCUCGCAGGGCCGCUCCACGGGCUGGCUAACCAGGAGGUGCUGGUGUGGCUGACACAGCUGCAGAAGGAGCUAGGCGGGGAGGUGUCUGAUGAGAAGCUCAGAGAUUACAUCUGGAACACCCUCAAGUCUGGCCGGGUUGUCCCGGGAUACGGCCAUGCCGUGCUGCGGAAGACUGACCCUCGCUACACCUGCCAGCGCGAGUUCGCCCUGAAGCACCUCCCCAACGACCCUCUCUUCAAGCUGGUGGCUCAGCUCUACAAGAUCGUGCCCAACGUGCUGCUAGAGCAGGGCAAGGCCAAGAACCCCUGGCCCAACGUGGACGCACACAGCGGGGUGCUGCUGCAGUACUACGGGAUGACGGAGAUGAACUACUACACCGUGCUGUUCGGGGUGUCCCGCGCCCUGGGAGUGCUGUCCCAGCUGAUCUGGAGCCGAGCCCUGGGGUUCCCCCUGGAGAGACCGAAGAGCAUGAGCACGGAGGGACUCAUGAAGCUGGUGGGGGCGAAGUCCGGUUAAACGGGAUGGUGGGGGGGGGGGCACAUAGUCACGGACACACCAACAAGCAAGCAAGCAAACAAACCCAUUCGACAAAAUAACAAGGGGGGGGGAACCGGACGCCGUCAAUUAGUGACAGUACACUUUUUUUUAAAUUUUUUUUUUUUUUUUUUUUAAUAAAGGAGGGUCUUUAUCAGACUUUAUGUAAUCUAUCGUAUCAGCCCUAGACGGGUUUAAUCAGAACAAGCUAACAGAACUGACGGGAGACGGUGGUUAAUGUAUACUGUGUUUUGCAUGGCGUUUGUGAGCCACUGUACUAUAUUUAUUUGCAAACCACAGAUUAGUUGGUUUUUCCGUCGUUCGCUGCUUGAAAACCGACUUGACGACAUCCGCGUGCGUUGUAAUAAUGUUUCCACUGAUCACCCGUGUCCCUGCUCUGCGGUGUGCUAGCGUGUGCGCUGCUGCGAUAUCCAGCAGUCUCCACUGCACACUCCAAUACCACACAUGAAGGAGUCAAACUACCGUGUGUACAAAAAACAGGGUCUGCACUGAACCCAGCUCCGCCCGGCGCUCCCGAAUAAAA